AAGUAUUUAGCUGGCAUAGAACACUGAAUUUUCCUCUGGGACUAUAAGAAAAAUCACUACCUUAACCUGAGAAGAAAAUAAAACAGGCAGAGAAGACAAGACUAGAUUAAUUAUGGCUUUUAUUUAGCUAGUAUCAUUAAACUUAUAUAAAAUAUAACAUUAGAAGUGAAACAUCUUGCAAAGUUUAUAAAAGAUAAACAAAGACCAUAGUCACUUCUGACAAACAAACACAAGUAUCUGCCAAGAGGGGUAGACAGAAAUAUAGAUUGCUUGAAAGAUUAUGGUCCUAUUUUGUGUUUGAAGUUACUUGUAAAAGUAAUUUCGUUUUAUUUUAAUAGCAAUAUUUAUUGUAAAUAAAUCUUAUGAUUGAAAUGAACACAAUAGUCAAAAACAUGCAGGACAAUAAUGCAAAUAAUGUAGAAUUCUGUAAGAUGUGUCCCUUAUGCAACAAUCGUGUUAGAUUUUUCUAUUUGGCAAUAGAUGAAAAGAUAUUAAUGUGUGAAAAUGUAAGAUGUGAAUAUCCAUUUGGUUACAAUGAUUUCAAAAUUAUUAAAGAAGAGGACGAUGACUUUGAAAUGAGACAGAAAUCUACAUCUCUGAAAAGUUGGCCAGAUAUAGAUAGAAAUUAUUUAGAAAUACCAAACGAAGUUAAAUGUUUCAAUGUAAGCCAUGAAGAUAGUAAUAUUCAAGUUAUAGAAGAAAAAAUUGCCAGUGAAAAAGAAAUGGUAAAAGAAUUAAACGUAUUGAAAGGUCUUACGAAGAAGUUUAAUGAAAUUGAGGAAGAUUCUGAUGAGAUAAUAAAAAAUAAAAACUUUAUUAGGAAAUUGAUGAAGUUGCAAAAGUUAUCAGGUGUUAAGUUAGUUAAACAGGAGGAAAUGGAGGUGUUGAGACGUGAUAAGCCUGGAUAUAAGUCAGAUGAUCUAAAGAUAGAUAUAGAUACAAGCGGCAGUAGUCUAUGUGCAAUAAAAAUAGAAAUAACACAAAAAGCUCGCUAG